UCCAGUCACGGCAACAGGAAGUGACACCGGAAGUUCCGCAUCACGACUGCUGGUGAAGUGUUGCCAUAACAGGCAGAGCGGCUAACGCUAAUGUUUGCUAACUAAUUAGCAGCACAGGUCCACCAUCCAAAUGUGUAGGAUUUUCCACUGCAGCAAACUACAUAGAAUACAAAAGCCUGACCAAUACAUCAGCUGGGCUCCUAUAUCACUAUUGGUGUUGUUGUUGUGUGUGUGAGUGUUCCAGCCUGAACCAUGGAACAGUGUGCGUGUGUUGAGCGGGAGCUGGAGAAAGUGCUUCAUCGCUUCGUAAUGUACGGCCACCAGUCUGAGGAGAGGCUAGACGAGCUCCUGCGCAGCGUCUGUGAGAUCCGAGGACAGCUAGUUGCUUUUGGAGUACAAGAUGCAGACUUAACAGUCCUAUCUCAGACUAUGGCGCAGUGUUGUAAGAAUAUCAAAGAGACAGUGCAGAUGCUAGCCUCCCGACAUAAGGACAUCCAUGGCAGUGUGUCAAAAGUGGGCAAAGCCAUCGACAGGAAUUUCGACGCAGAGAUCAGUGCUGUGGUGGCAGAGACGGUGUGGGACACCCCAGAGAGACAGAAAUACCUGAGUGAGACCAUUGUGGAGCACCUGUACAGACAAGGGAUGCUCAGUGUAGCAGAGGAUCUUUGUCAGGAGUCGGGUGUAGUUAUUGAUAUGAGUAUGAAGCAGCCUUUCCUGGAGCUCAACAGAAUCCUUGAAGCUCUGAGGAUGCAGGACCUCAGGCCGGCACUAGAGUGGGCUGUGACGAAUCGGCAGCGCCUCUUGGACCUGAACAGCAGUCUAGAGUUCAAGUUGCACCGCUUGUACUUCAUCAGCCUGCUCAGUGGGGGAAUCAGCAACCAAAUGGAGGCCCUGCAGUAUGCCAGGCACUUCCAGCCCUUCGCCUCUCAGCACCAGAGAGACAUUCAGAUCCUGAUGGGCAGUCUGGUGUAUUUGCGUCACGGCAUCGAUAACUCUCCGUACCGCAGUCUGCUGGAGACAAAUCAGUGGGCCGAGAUCUGUAACAUCUUCACCAGAGAUGCCUGCGCUUUACUUGGUCUCUCUGUAGAGUCUCCUCUCAGCGUUAGUUUUGCAUCAGGCUGUAUGGCCUUGCCGGUGCUGAUGAAUAUCAAGCAGGUGAUCGAGCAGAGACAGUGCAGCGGAGUCUGGACGCACAAAGAUGAGCUGCCUAUUGAAAUCGACCUUGGAAAGAAGUGCUGGUACCACUCUGUGUUCGCCUGCCCGAUCCUCAGGCAGCAGACGUCAGAGAGCAAUCCUCCCAUGAAGCUCAUCUGUGGCCACGUCAUCUCCAGAGACGCCCUCAACAAACUGACUAACGCUGGAAAGUUGAAAUGUCCGUACUGCCCCAUGGAGCAGAAUCCGUCACACGCCAAGCAGAUCUACUUUUGAUACCGCACACUUUUCUUCACGAGUAAGGAUGAAGUUCCCUGGAGCUCUUUGCAUUUCCAGGACCAUUUGCUCUGGCCCCUUUCCUCUGUCCCCGGCCUCUCGGCCUGUUAUUGUAAAGCAUUAAGGUUUUACCCCAGGGCUCCUCUGGACAGCCUCGGCCAUCCCGUUGUAACCCACCUUGGACCCUCUCCAACUUUACGUAGUGUACAGAGUCCAGCGGGGAUGGUCCAACUACAACCUGUAGUAGACUGAGGAGUCAGUAAUGCGAACAUCCUCACGAAGAAGCACCUCUGAAAAAAAGGUUCAUUCAUUGAAACUCAUUUGCAAAUGCCUGCAGAGUUAUAGGCUUAUCUUUUUAAAGUAUGUAAUACUUUAUAGUGUUUGUUUUCUCAGCUUUAUUGACUGUUUGAGUUGGAUGACUGCUUCUUUUUUUCUCCUUUUAUUUUGUGACAGAAGCAGUUGAAUGAUUAUGGAUGGGUGCGUGUGGGUAAAUGGUAUAGAUAGGCAGUUUCAGAAUGGUAAUAAACUUCUAUUAUACAUGAGAAAAACCACAGAAAACAAACUGUGUUGAAGGUUCAUUAUUUGCUGGUGAAGGGAACCUAUUACUCCAUAGUGUAAUAAAGGCCUCACGUAGCUUGGAAGUCACUGUCGGCUGAUGUAACCGUUUGAUCAGUAAAACAAUUAACUCAUCAAUGGUGGGACAGCUUUUCUUUUUAUUAUUUUUUUCGUGACUGACUGCACCAGCAAGAUUUCCCUCAUUGUAGAAGCCAUUUGUCUUGUUCUAUGUAUGUAUUUAACAAACAGUGACAAAAAGGAAACAAAAAAUAUAUAAUACUACUGUGAAA